CUUAGCCCUGUCUUCCUGUAUAUAUAGUGAAAACAUGAUUGAAGAACUGCACGAAGAGAUGGCUGCGCAAGGGGCUCCCCCAGCAGAAAAGCCACAUCAGUAUCAAGAGAUUAUGGACAACUUAAUCAAACCUAAAGACAGGCCCGCACCUGAUAAACUCCUUUCGGAGCACCAAUAUACAGAUUAUUUCGACGCAGAGAAAAAGAAAAGUUAUUGGGUUGAUGAGGAUGGCAAGAACUGUUUUAUGUUGUAUGCAAGAGAUCUCACAAUCAUUUGGAGUGGAGACCGUCGUUACUGGCGCUGGUACCCUUUGAAAGUAACCAGAGAUGCCUCCGUUGACGUUGCUGAACUGUUAGAUGUAUGCUGGCUAGAUGUGAAUGGGGCUUUUGACACCAAAUACCUGACACCCGAUACUGUGUAUGAAGUUUCAUUUGUGAUCAGGCUCAAGGACCCAAAUUACGGAUGGGAAGAUAAUGUCAACUUCAGCCUCACUCUCCCUGGGAACGACAAGAAAGCCUGUACACAGGAUCUGAGGAAAUUACCAAGAGGAAGUUGGAGUAUUAUCCGAGUUGGUGAAUUUAAACCGCCUACGCCAUCUGGCCGCAUGGAUUUUACGCUCCGUCAAACUGUUCCGAAAUAGAAGAAAGGGCUUGUUAUCCUGGGUGUCGACAUUAGUCCUAAACUCUAAGUUGCGGAGUUUCUGGUUUUUAUUUUAUUAAAAGCAGAAAUAAGACAAGUGCGUAUGUAAGAAAUGAUGGGAACAGAAUAAUAAUGAAAGGAUGAUACACUUUCAACUAC